AUGACUGUUCCUCCUGCCUACUCGACUGAGGACGCACCUCCCUCCUAUGACGAGGUCGCGGGCAAGGUCGACAAACUAGUCGGCGGGAGCACCAGCCCUCAGAAAUACCUGGACGUUGCAGCUUCUCUGACUGAUGAGGAGCGUAAGGUCCUCCAGGAUGGUGCUGAGGAACAUAACCCCAUCAAGACCGAUGAGGACAAGAAAAAGCUGUCCCUUGGAGCGGCAGUGACCAUGUCAACGGAUGAGGUGGUGGGCAAGUUGAAAGAGGACGCCAGCAAAGCCAGCGCGGCAGUGGUUGCAAUCGACGGCUCCUUCACGGCGUUGCAGGUGCAGAUUGCGAGUAUCGAUCAGCUUGAACAGACCAAUUUCCUGACGCAGCUCAACAAUCAUAAAACAUCGUAUCAGGAUGUCCUGCAGCAGAGUCGCAACCUUGCCGCUGAUAUCAGUCAGUAUGGAUCAAGCUUUGAUCAACUGAUCGUGCCACUUUGUGCUGAUGAGAGCUUAACUGUGGAACAACGGACGGAGCAAAUCGAUAGAUUCAUCACGAAAGCCGACGACUUCGAGACGCAAGGAAACGAAAUCAACAAGAAUUUCGAAAGCCUCAUCAACAACUUCGUUUCAUUCACAUCGCAGUUCUCGCAAUGGGGAAAGGACAAAGAGCAGCAGCUCAAUGAUGAGAUCGCAGAAAUCGACAACCAGCUCGUGGAAUUGACCAAAAAGUUGGCAGACCUGCAGACUUCUCUAAUCUCCCUAGGGGUCGGUCUGGGAGUGGGAUUGACCGUCGCUGGCAUCGGCCUGGCUUUGUCAGGGCCCGUUGCCCCAUUCAUCCUGAUCGGCGGCCUCAUUUUCGCUGGAGCAACCGCGGCAUCAGUAGCCGGUAUUGCAAUCGCCAUGGGUGUCGUGGCGAAUCAGAUUGACGAAAAGAAACGCGAGCGAGCUGAAAAGGCUGACGAGAUCGACAAGAUCCAGCUGGCCCGGCGCAACCUGGAAGAUAUGGGGGAUUCGCAGCUGAUAGUCUUCCGGGACAAUGUGAAGGUCCUCCAGUCCUACUGGACUUCCAUGCAGGCAGACGCCAGAGAGAUUAAGGGUUGGCUGCAGAAUGGAGCGGAUUUGGCGUCCAUGCCUUCUUACAUGAAGUCUGCUCUCGAUAAUGCGGUCACCGUCUAUGCGUCUAUGGCUCAGUAUAUGGACGAAUAUGCGAAAGGGACUCAGAUUUAG